AUGAGUUCUGCAACACCCGAGACUGUUUCAGUUCCUCCCAUGUCUUCUUUGAAUGGCUACAAGACGAGCGUAUCUUAUAAACCUCACAGAACUGGUUUGAAGACUUCAACUACUCACCCCAUUAACAUAAGCUGGAUCCUACCUGAAGAACUGAUAAGAGGAGUUUCUGAUGGGCCGUUGCCGGCUUCCAUUGACUUGUAUGAUAUAUAUACUACUACUUCCCUCUACAAGCGUUACCGUAAACCAACGCAGUCAGCGGGUGGACGAGGUGGAAGUGAAUGCAGCUCUAAUGAGAUGGGGUUUGGGAACCUUGCGCUAAGCUCGUGUCCGGGAAAGAAAGUGCGAUUGAGUGGGCCCGUGCGUGGUCGUUCAGCUAUCGACAGGGAUAUUGAUUUGGAUUUUCAACGGUUACGUUCAUGUGGGAUAUCUUUGGUUGUGUGUUGUCUGAACGAUGAGGAAUUGGCGUUUCUAGGGGCACCAUGGUCAAUAUAUGCAGACGCAGCCAGGAGGUAUGAUUUGGAUAUAAUAAGAAGACCAAUGAUCGAGGGCGGAUGUCCAGAUACAGUGGAACAGAUGGAUGAAGUGAUUAAGAAGAUGGACACCCACAUACAGCAGAACGAACGAGUUCUGGCACAUUGUCGUGGUGGCGUUGGUAGAGCCGGCCUUGUUGCUUGUUGUUGGUUGUUGAAGCGAGGUUAUUGUUAUGAUGCUAACAAAGCAAUACGAUUAGUAAGAAUGAGGAGAUCUCCAAAAGCAAUCGAGACGCUGAUGCAAGAGGACUUCAUUAGAAAAUACGCCGACUAUGUGCAACAGAAACUCAAACCGACAGAGGGCAAUGCAAUAUAUAGCUAG